AUGGGAGAUAUGAAUAUGCAGAAUUUAUAUUUUAAAAAAUUAGAUGCAGCGGUACAAUCAACUGUCUUAAAAUACAAAAGCCAUAAAGAUUCUGAAUCUUUAAAGAUGGCAAACAAUCUUAAGAAAAAUAAAAAUGUUUUUUAG